ACACGACAUGGCAUACAGUAUGUUCUUAAAGGCUACGCGCUACGUGUUCCUCAUUGUUCCGAACUUCGGGAAAAGCGGAGGAGACGGACCGCAGGGUGACGAGGUUCGGGAACCGGCGGCAAUAAUACGAGGGGUCAAAGGUCGCGAGCCCAAUUGUCCGCGAUAUCGAUUGGUUGAUUCCAAGAGCCUGCGAUCGGCUGGCGACCGGUUCGGCGUGUACCCCCCGCCUCCUGGGUUAGGCUCCGGCACGCCCGCGACCCGCGUGAGGAGAAGCGGCUCAGAAGAUGGAUGGAUGGAUGUUCCAAUAGCAAGGAGAAGACGAGGAGAAGAAGAAGAAGAAGAAGAAGAAGAAGAAGAAGAAGAAAAGAGAAGCUGUGGUGGCCGAAGCUCCUCCUUAAUGACUAAUUUCUUCCCCUCCCUGUCUCUCUCUCUCUCUCUCUCUCUCUCUCUCUCUCUCUCUCUCCCCCGCCAUCCCCUCGCUCGCGCCGUCACUCAGUGGUUUUCCCGCCAGGACAGCGCAGGGCGAGACGGCACUUUUGCUGGCUUUCCGCAUAAAAGUGGGCAAACUUGACUUCUUGGGGUUUGGUUUUGUUUGCGUGUUUUUGUUUUUCUUUUUGUUUUUGUUUUGGGGGGUGGGGGUGGGGCGGGGGCGGGGGCGGGGCGGGGGGGUGUGUUCCGGCAUGGAGGACGCGAAGGAGCCGGUGAGAUGUUCGUCGUCGUCGUCGUCGUCGUUCAGCAUCAAAAGCCUCCUGCUGCCGUCCAAGUGCGAGCCUCGCGCGGCGGCCGAGACGUCGCCCGAGCCCCCGGGAGGGGCGGCGAGGGAGGAGGGGGCCCCGGGGGAACCGGGGGAGCCGGAGGGCGGCGGCGGCGGCGGCUCGUCCAAGACGGCCAAAUGCGACAAGCCUCCGUUCUCGUACAACGCGCUGAUCAUGAUGGCGAUCCGCCAGAGUCCCGAGAAGCGGCUGACGCUCAACGGCAUCUACGAGUUCAUCAUGAAGAACUUCCCGUUCUACCGGGAGCACAAGCAGGGCUGGCAGAACUCCAUCCGCCACAACCUGAGCCUCAACAAGUGCUUCGUCAAGGUGCCGCGCCACUACGACGACCCGGGCAAGGGCAACUACUGGAUGCUGGACCCCAGCAGCGACGACGUCUUCAUCGGCGGCACCACCGGCAAGCUGCGCCGGCGCUCGGCCACCUCCCGGGGCAAGCUGGCGGUCAAGCGCGGCUUGCGCUUCGCCCCGUUGGGCCUGGCGGGCUGCGGCGGCGGCGGCGGCGGCGGCGAGCGGCCGGCCAACCCGCUCUUCUGGCAGCUGUCGCCCUUCCUGUCCCUGCACCAGCCGCACCGCGCGCACUUCGACGCCUCCUCGCCCGCCUUCCUCAACCAGGCGGCCGGCUACGGCGCGCUGCUGCCCGCCGACGGGGACCUGCACGCGGGCCGCUCCGUGCUGGCCAACUCGUACGGCGGCGGCCCGCUCGGGGGUUACUUCGUCGCGGGGAGCCAAGCGCAGCAGGCGCAGCAGGCGCAGCACUUGCAGCAGUGCGCGGCCGGCUUCGGCGGCGGCGGCGGCGGCAGUCCUCCCCCGCACGCGCUGCUCUCGGACUCGCUGAGGAGCGGCUCCGUGGCGGCCUUCUCGCCCUCGGGCUUCCCGGCCGUGCUGAGCCACCACAAGAGGGUCGCCCUCGCCCCCGACGCCUUCCUCAACUGAAGCGCGAACACUCGCCCUCGUUCGCUUCGCUCAACGUCCGCAAAGCGAAACAACUCACUUUUCGCCAGCGUUAUGUUGCGCAAAAAGGGACGACGACAACACGACACAAAAAGUAGAUUUCUAUCCACUUCUUUCUUAUUUAUGAGAAGCUUUUCUAUUUAUUGUAUUUUAAAAAUGUCUUUAUGCGCGUGUUGACCAUGACGACGACGACGACGGAGCAUUAUUUAUUCAUAUGACGAGCAGCAGACAAUCGAAAUUAUUAUUUUUCCCCCCAAUAUUAUUAACCACAACAUUCUUCAACAAGCCUUAAAUGUGCGAAGACAAUCAGGGUUUGAAACAAACUUCUUUUUUUUUUAAUUCUCAGGUUAACAUGCCUCAAAUCAAUACUCAUGGUAAUUCUAAUCAUAAUAAAUAAUGACAACUCGUUCAUUUCACAGAUUUCUCCGUAAGUUGAAAACUGGACUCAUCACAUGAACUCAUCACGGAAAAUGGAUGCAAAAGAAAAACGCUGAGUCGUACGUGUUUGUUUUCUUGCGUAUGCUGUGUGUGUGCGCGCGCGCGCGCGCAUGUCCACUGAUGGCAGCUGAACUAAAAAAGAAAGAAAUAUAUAAAUGAUUAUUGACUCUUCUUACCUUUCAUCACUGACUGGCUAUUUUUCACACACGCGCGCGCGCGCGCGCGGCCCCGUUGCCACGGAAACGCCACCGGGUUGCGCUCGUUCGAGUUGAUUUUUGGAAUCGUUGAUUUGUGUUCAAUGAGUUGCUUUUCAAACGUGCACCGACAGGAAGUUUCCGCUUUUGUUUGUUUGCUUGUUUGUCCACUCGAACUACUCCUAAAGUUGCUUUGACUUUUUCAACAUGGGUUGUUUGUUUGUUUGUUUGUUUGUUUGUUUGUUUGUUUGUUUCCCUACCAGGUGCAAAAAGAGGAGCUCUCGUUCUACGAUGUUAUUUGCUCUCAAAAUGUUUGCCGUUUUUGAAGAGAAGAAAAUCCCAAAUCCGCCCAAAUGUUUUCGUUGGACUCGAAGUGAUCAAAUGCACUUUUUUCUUUGUUGCAUUUUUGUCCCUCUUGAAAAUGUCGAAAGUUUUGAGGGCCUCUUCGGUCAAAAGUGAUCCAUUGGAACAUCGGAGCUGAAAACAAUCUCAAAGCCUUUUGUUGUUGUUGUUACUUUUGUUCUUUUCUUUUUGGGGGGGCACAUUUGUGAUGAGUUGACUUUGUGUGUGUGAUGCUUUUUCUUCAUGUCUGUCGUUUGUUUUGUUUUGUUUUGUUUUGUUCUCCGGAAAAAAUAAACUUGAUUAAAAAGGAACAAAUGCAAUUUUCA